CGAGAAUAAAUGCCGCAGAAGAUCAGUGACGUCCGUGUGACUGAGUUCAUCGAGGUAUCGCUCAGAUGUUGUAGGAUAUUGCAGUUGAAGGUCAAUUCGCUACCGUCGUCAGUGAACUCAGCCACAACGAUGCGAACCGAUCGAAACAUGAGGCAACGCUUCCGUUCCUCAAAUCAACGGUCUCAGGCACGAAGGCGUUCCCCGUGCCUCCGGGGAUUGGAGACCGACCUUCCUCACCGAAUGACACCGCUCUUUGUCAGCCGCCAUAUGCCAUGAUUCGGCGUGUUGACUGGGUGGGAAAGGAAAUCCAAAGGGGCGGCUAUGAUCAACCAGGGAGCAGCGACCAGUAGCGCUGUGCGGAGAAGUACAAGACUUGUUCUCUUGAUACUCGUGCUGGUGCCCUAUCUCUUAUCUCGAAGACCCUCACCUGCCUGUUUCGGUUGAGUCCUUCCUUGGCCCUUCAUACUGUUGCACGCACAACAGAUGCGCAUCUCCGUUGGUGUCGGCAUACGACCGGCCAGAGCGUCUUUGAAGCCUCGAAACUGUAUAAAAGGCGAGUGAAAGUCCUGGGGACCACAGAUCAUCACAAAGGUCUUCUUCUCCCUCUUCGCAGAAACACCGGACGAUCCCCUGAAUCACCUCAGCCUUGUUACGAAACUCACCAUGACAAUCCCUGCAUUGUUCAAAGGCCCUCGCCUCUGUUGGCUUACCUUACUGUUCAAUGCCCUCACCGCUGCCAUCCCAGCUGACCUACAUGCGCGACAGGAAUAUGGCAUGGUGGGCGAUGGUUUUGACGCUGCUACCACAACUCUGGGCAACUACUACAACUACUGGGUUAAGCUCCCCAAUGGUACAUUCGACUUGACACGCAGUGACAGAGCCGCAGUGACUUCUCCAAAAGUGCUGCCCAUGGUUGAUGCAUCUAUCAAGAUUGAGCCAAAUCGCUCUGCAUUGGUCAUUAUCGACAUGCAAAACUUCUUCCUCCAUCCGGACUUGUCUCCCAAGGCGACCAAGGGCCGUGGAGCGGUCGAUCCCACUGUCAACAUGAUCAAAGGCUUUCGCAAGCACGGCAUGAAGGUUCUCUGGGUCAAUUGGGGCCUGACGGAGUACGAUCUGCUGACUAUUCCACCUGCGUUCAAGGCUGGCUUCAGCAACAACGGUUCGGACUUGGCGAAUGAGACCUUCGGCAGCGACAUGGGCACCAUCCAUGAGAAUGGGACGACGAUCCACGUUGGCCGGAAAUUGAUGCGGGGAGCAUGGAAUGCUGAGCCCUAUGGUGUUUUGGGCGCGAUGAAGAACGAAGGGAUCGCCGCUGGCACAGAUUUGUGGUUCAACAAAAAUCGACUAUCAGGGCUUUGGGGUCCUCAGACCCCCUUGGGAUUGUGGUUGCAAGAGAAUGAGAUGUCGACUCUCUUCUUCGGCGGUGUCAACGCUGACCAAUGUGUCUGGUCAACACUCGUGGAUGCGUAUUUCAAAGGGUAUGAUGUGAUUUAUGUCGACGAUAUCAGCCAGUCAACCAGUCCUCCCUUCGCACAGGAGAUGACCAGAUACAAUGCGCAAGGUUAUGGGUUUCUGGGGAAUUCCACCGAUAUCCUGAAGGCUCUGGGGUGAUUCAGAAGAUGUCAAGGAGUGUUUGAAUAUCGACCAGUUGGCCGACAAGCCUCUGCGAGAAUCUUGGCUUGUAGAAUUGCAAGAGUGUUAGAGAGCUUCUCAGUAUGGUAGGUCAUAGUCUCCUGGGAUCCGGUAGUCGAGACAUUCCUUCUUGUCAAUAUCCUCGUCCGUCCAACCAGCUGCUUGUAGAAUUCUUCGAAUAAGUGGAUUCUUCUUCUGUCCAUAAUCAAC